AUGAGCUCUCAAUCUCUCCGCUCGAUAUAUCGAGCGCGGCCAGAGCUGAGGCAGGCCGGAUAUGCCCUAAGAGGCUACUUUCGCCAAUUCUCCACGACGCAAUCGCAACUUGACGAGACCCCGGCCGAUGGCAAUGCCAAACCUACAGCUCGACAGCGAACCCGCGCAGCGGCCAGCGAGAUCAAUUCCCUGCCGAGAGUCAUUGAUGUGCGGAGUCUUCCCAGAGGAGGAAUGCUUCGGGGGCGGGGCGGACUGCGAGGACGAGGCACAGGCGGGCCAAGUGCUGCAAGUGCUACCGGCGCUCCUCGAGCUGCGUCGCCGAGCGGGAACCGAUUCUCGGCCGCCAACAGGGGGAGGGGAGGUCCUGCGCCUGGCGCGGGACGGGGAGGACGAACGGCCGGACGAGGAGGAAGGCCUGGCGCGGGCAAGGGCAGGGCGGCCAAGAAGGCUGAGGGCGAGGGCGGCAACAAAGCGGCCGGUGCCGCUGGGCCGCGGGGCAAGAGGCAGGAUCCCUUUGAGAGGAUGGAUCCCCAGGAGCAGCAGUUUGACGACGCGGUGCGAUUUGGCACGCGGACCGAGUACAAGCCCUCUCUGACCAAGGAGGCCCUGUCGACGUUUGUGCCGGCAACCCCCUCUACGCCCGAGGGCCGCCUGGCCACCGUCAUGGAGAACCUCAGCAUCAUCGGCGGCAGGGCGGACCCGGUGGGCAUCCCGCAGAACCUGCAGGCGAAGACCUACGCCGACGAAGUGCAGAGCAACGGCGCGCGCUUCUUCGCCGACGUCAGGGCCCGCGAGGCGGCAGAGCAGUAUCUCCAGGACCAGCGGCGGGAGCAGCUGCUGGCGGAGGGCAAGGAGGUGCCCGCCGAGCAGCAGCCCAUCAUUCAGGACGCCGGGGAGGCUGUCAAGAAGGCCAUCUUGGACCAUGCCGUGGCGGGGAAGCACGAGACGCCGCGGUUUGCGACGGACCCCGUGGGGAUUUCGAGGGCGUGGCAUUUGCGGGCCGGGACGUACACGCAGAGGGACGUGGAGAAGUUUGAGAAGAAGCUGACGACGUUGCUGGGCGUGGGAGCAGGUGCUAAGGGGGGGAAA